AUGGAAACAGUGCCUGUUGCUCCAGAUGACAGUGCUGGAGCAAAUCCCAGCAGUGUUAAAAGUGAUGACAGCAGUCCCAGGCCUGACAGCCGCUCAGGCUCACCUCCACCAAACUGUGCCAUAUGUCUCGGCACAUGCAAGAAUAAAUCCUUCACAGACUCAUGUUUACAUCAAUUUUGUUUCACAUGCCUUCUUACAUGGAGUAAGGUGAAAGCCGAGUGUCCACUUUGCAAACAGGCAUUUAGAUCUAUCAUACACAAUGUGCAGUCUAACCUUCAAUAUGAGGAAUACUUGGUUGUGCAAAGGGAAAAUGAGGAGUUGAACAACAGGAUUGACAUCAACAGAGUCACCGCAGCCACUCAAAGGUUCAGAUACAGGACCACCCUGACGCUGCCGCGAACGGACUCGGUUGCCAUCCAGCAGCUGUUACGUCAAUACCCGUUAAUGGCGAACGUGUUCCCGCCACCAGUGUCGCGCGUGCCGCCCGCUCGCCGCCGCCGCUCUCCCGCCUCCUUCCGACGCACCGUCUACAGACACAACCUGUGGGCUCGCCCUCUACCAGACUUCACUGGCAGAUAUCGUGAUUGCACACCCGAAUUCUAUAGGUAUAAUGACACACAAAUGCAUCGGUUGGUUCCUUGGCUUAAUAGAGAGCUCCAUUAUUUAUUAAACGAAAAUGAAGGCCACAUUUCAUAUGUAAUGACUCGGAUCCUGGAAUUGCUACCACAACACCAUAUCAACUCGCCCGAAUUCAGAGAAGUAAUGCAACGAUAUUUUGGAGAAAGAACUGAACACUUCUUGCAUGAAUUGUAUUGUUUUGCCUCUACACCGUACGACAUCACUGGCUAUGACCGCAAUGUCCAAUAUACGACGGAUAGCAGAAUAUCUACAAUGAUAAACGAGGUGAUAUCUAGUACUGACUCUGAGGGAAGUGCAGAUUCCGAUAUUGUGAUGGUUUCAAGUUCAGAACCAGCAGAACAACCUGCGGGACCCUCUAGGUGCCCGGCACCUGUUUACCCAGUCGGAUAUAUACCAUUGCCUACAACAGCUAACAACAUCAUUUCUAUUGAAACCAUAGGAUCUCAAUCGGACUCGGACGACGACGACUCCGAAGUAAUGGUCGUGGGCUAUAUCAAACCGCCUCAGGAAAGGACUCCAGAAAUUGUGGACUUGCUAGGAUCUGACAGCGACGUUAUCGUCCAGGACAAUCCGCAACUGGAGCCAGAACCUGCGGUAGCGCCGCGCAUGCCGUCUGUGAAAGUGACAAUGAAGCGGCACCGCGUGCGGCUCGAGUCCGACAGCUCGGACAGCUCGUACCGGCCGCUCCCGCGCCAGCGACGGCGCGCGCGUUUGGCCUCCGCCUCCACCAGUGACACUAACCGUUCCACGCCUACACACGCAGCCUCUAACUAUUAUCCCAACCCUCGAGUCGCUGAAAAUUCCGAGACUGGCGAAACCUGGCAGUUUUUUUCCUCCUCACCCGCCUCGUCCACAAUAUCCACAAAGUCUAGUACGACCACUGCCCGCUCCUCGUCGUACGAUAGCGACGACAGCGACGAUUCCAAGUUUGUAGUUAAAAAGAAAUCAAAGAAAAAGUCUAGCAGGGAGGCAACUUCUAGUAGAGAUCGAAGGAAAAGCAAAAAAAAGUCGUCACGGUCACAUCACAAAGAUAAAAAGAAUGGCCAGUUCUCGGACAAGGACAGGAGAAGUAAGAAGUCGUACUCGGGGAAAGGAGUAAAGUCGUCUAAAAAAGCGAGUAGUAGCUCUGUAACCUCGGAACAAACUUUACCUCCCUCCUUAGAUGAACCCAGCACGAGUGGCACAAGCGGCACGUCUACAAAGGAGAAACGUAAAUCAAGCAAAGAACGGAAACGUCAGCGACGUGACAGUCGCGAGAACAGAAGACUGAGAAGUGUUGUUAAUGUUAUGUAUAGUAGUCAUAAUAAAAAUAUUAAUGGAUCAAAGUCAAGUGCAAAUCAUAAUGAUGUGUCUACAACAACUACAAGUAGGUCUGAGGCCGAAUCCACUACUACUAGCAAUGGAUCACGAGUUGCCGAAGCGACCUCAUUGAACGGUUACAGCGAGCUACCGUCGACGAGUCGUCGACCACCGGACUCCUCGUCGGAUUCUGAAGACAAUUUGCCAUUAAAUCUUACGUUACUAGGGCCACAACGUUCGUCUUCGUUAUGA